AUUGAAGCCCUUAUGAUGGAGAUGCAGAACCCAGACACGGGCAUCAAGACGCAGAUGCAGACAGUGAUGGUGGCAAACAUCCCCCAUGCUGUGACAGGUCAUGAUAUAUUCCAGUGGAUUCUCCAGCGCUUGCAGAUCACUCAGGAAGAGGCACUGCACUUGGGGGACCUGUUUGUCAAAUACGGGUACAUCUACCCUCUUCAGGAGCCAAAGAACCUCACCCUCAAGGCAGAUGGCAGCCUGUACAGGUUUCAAACCCCCUACUUCUGGCCUGCACAGAGCUGGCCUGCUGAUGACACAGACUAUGCAAUUUACCUGGCAAAGAAGAAUAUUAAGAGGAAAGGGAUUUUAGAAGAAUAUGAAAGGGAACAUUACAACAUGCUCAAUCAAAAAAUAAACUACAAGUGGGAUUUUGUUAUUAUGCAGGCCAAGGAGCAGUAUAAGGCAGGGAAGGAGCGGAAGAAGGAGGACAGGUAUGCCCUGGACUGCCAGGAGAGAGCCUACUGGCUGGUGAACAGAACUCCUCCUGGCAUGCUGGACGUCCUGGAGUACGGGGUGGACCGUGCAACGGAUCCCAAUGAAAAUAAGAAAAAAACUUUGGAUGUUUAUAGGAGAGAGAUCAUGUACUAUCAGCAGUCCAUCAUGAAGUCCAGAGUGAAAUCUUCUGUCUCUCUUGGAGGGCUUGUGAAGUACUCAGAGCAGUUCCUCUCCAGUGACCCUAUCCUGUCUGGAUGUCUCCCCAGCAACCCCUGGAUAACAGAUGACCCUGACUUCUGGGAUUUCAAUGCAAAGCUAGUGGAAGUCCCCACCAGAAUGCGCGUGGAGCGAUGGGCCUUCAACUUCAGCGAGCUGAUCCGGGACCCCAAGGGCCGGCAGAACUUCCAGCUCUUCCUCAAGAAGGAGUUCAGCGGAGAGAAUCUGAGUUUCUGGGAAGCUUGUGAGGAUCUGAAGUAUGGAGACCAAUCCAAGGUCAAGGAAAAAGCAGAAGAAAUUUACAAGCUCUUCCUGGCUCCGGGGGCAAGGCGCUGGAUUAACAUCGAUGGUACCACAAUGGGCAUCACGGUGAAAGGCCUCAAGCACCCUCAUCGUUAUGUUUUAGAUGCUGCUCAGACCCACAUUUACAUGCUGAUGAAAAAGGACUCCUACGGCCGCUAUUUAAAGUCUCCAAUCUACAAGGAAAUGCUGGCCAAGGCUAUUGUGCCACAGGAGACUGUCAAAAAAAGCUCCCCGUUCCCCUUCGCACGCCGUCACCUCCGCUCCAGCCCCAGCCCCAUCAUCCUGAGGCAGCGGGAGGAAGAGGCCAAAGCCAAAGAAGCCGCCGCGGCCGUGGACAUCACGCAGGUCAUGAGCAAGCUGGACCGCAGGAGCCAGCUCAAGCAGGAACCUCCCAAGUAG